AUGCCAGAUCAUAUAAAAGUUUUUUGUACGACGUCCAACAUUCCCAAUUUCCGCACUGACUUCGAACUCACUGACUUCGACCUCGCUGACUUCGACCUCGCUGACUUCGACCUCGCUGACUUCGACCUCAUUGACUUCAAACUCACUGACUUUAACCUCGUUGACUUCAACCUCAUUGACUUCAACCUCAUUGACUUCAACCUCAUUGACUUCAACCUCGCUGACUUCGACCUCAUUGACUUCGACCUCAUUGACUUCGACCUCAUUGACUUCAACCUCAUUGACUUCAAACUCACUGACUUCAACCUCACUGACUUCAACCUCAUUGACUUCGACCUCAUUGACUUCGACCUCGCUGACUUCAAACUCAUUGACUUCAAACUCACUGACUUCAAACUCGCUGACUUCAAACUCACUGACUUUAACCUCGUUGACUUCAACCUCAUUGACUUCAACCUCAUUGACUUCAACCUCAUUGACUUCAACCUCAUUGACUUCAACCUCAUUGACUUCGACCUCAUUGGCUUCAACUUCAUUGACUUCGACCUCGCUGACUUCGACCUCGCUGACUUCGACCUCGCUGACUUCGACCUCGCUGACUUCAACCUCGCUGACUUCAACCUCAUUGACUUCGACCUCAUUGACUUCAACCUCACUGACUUCGACCUCAUUGACUUCGACCUCAUUGACUUCAACCUCACUGACUUCAAAAUCACUGACUUCAACCUCACUGACCUGUCCACCCACUCUCUGGAUGCGUCCCAAAUGUAUGUGGACACACCUUCAAACUAG